UUGCGUUCCCAUCUGUGCCGAUAACAGGACGACUCUUUAAAUAUCGGCAGUCCCUCAUCUCGUACAACUUGUUCCUUGUGAUCCAACAGGUGACCAUGCGAUUCUUAAUUGCCUUUUUGCUGGGAGUGUCCGCGGCUUCGGCCCUCAUCGACAGAAAUGAGCAGAGCCGUGUUGCUUUGCAAAAUCCUGACCUCUUCCAGGGAGAUAUCUUAGGAUUCGAUCCAGAUGAGAGGAACGUCAUUCCCCACCUGCAGAUGCGAUGGUCAAACAAGAAGGUGCCCUACAUCAUCGACCGAUCCCUGGCUUCCAACACCGCUCUGAUACAGGCUGCGAUGAACGAUUACCACAUCAACACCUGCAUCCGCUUCGUGCCCAGAACCACUGAGAGGAACUACAUCAAGCUCUUCUCGGGACAAGGAUGUUACUCUUAUGUCGGUAUGAUCAACCGAGGAGAGCAGCCCGUGUCUCUGGGACCCGGAUGUCUGUACAAGGGGACCAUCGUCCACGAGCUGGGACACGCCAUCGGUUUCUUCCACGAGCAGAACAGGUCCGACAGAGACAACUAUCUCGUCAUCUACUGGAACAACAUCAGCAAGGGUAUGGAGUCUCAGUUCGCCUUGUUGGCCCCCAACCAGAACCUUCUCUUGACUCCCUUCGAUCACGACUCCAUCAUGUUGUACGGCAACUACGCCUUCUCGAAGGACAGGACAUCUCUGACCAUGGUGGCUAAGAACGGCAAGAGGCUCCUCGAGCCCUACGAUAAGGCAGGACUCACCCAGAGUGACAUCCAGAGAGUCAGGAAGAUGUACAACUGUUAAGUUCGGAACAAUAAAGCAAUCUCAGCAUCGCU